AUGCAGCUUGCUUUUAGUAUUAAUCCAUCAUGUUUUGGAUAGUUUGUCAGACCAAAACCAAAUGUACAAAGCAAACAAUCUCAAAAACAAGAUUCAGAUGAUGAAUAUAAAGUAAACAUAUCAUUUCAUUUUAAGUAACAUGAUCUUCAAUCUACUACAAAUAUUAAGAAUUAGUUAAUAAUGAAAAAUAGAUCAAUAACAAUAUGUUCUAACACAUCAACAUUACCUGAAACUCUUUCUACUUCCUUUCAUAAUUAAGAUAUCAAUUAAUCUGUUUUAGAAUAAAAUAAAGAAGAUAUAUUUUAUAAAACUAUGCCUACUUCUUUUUAGUAAAUUCAGUUCAAAAAUAAGAGAAAAUAUGAACCAUAAGUACAAAUUACUCAAUAUCAAAUUAAAUUAGAUUAAGUAUUUUUUUCACUCUAAAUAGAUUCCUGGAGAUUAAAGAACCACCUUAAUGAUUAGGAACAUUCCAAAUAAAUAUACUUAGCCCAUGUUAUUAGAGAAUAUUGACAUCAAUCAUAAAGAUAAUUAUGAUUUUUUUUAUCUUCCAAUUGAUUUUACUGUAAAUUUUCUAUGUAACAUAGAACAAAUGUAAUGUGGGUUAUGCAUUUAUCAAUUUCUUGGAUUCAAAAUUCAUUCCCAAAUUUUUUCUAGAAUUUCAUUCAAGGAAAUGGAAACUCUUCAAUUCAGACAAAGUACUAAGUGUAUUAAUUUAGAUAUGUGAAAUAACAUAUGCAAGGAUUUAAGGUGUAGAGUAAUUACAAGGGCACUUUCAAUAUUCGACUAUCAUGUAAGAAAAGGUAAUCCUAUUAUUAUAAAACUGUAGGAUAAGAGACUCAAACCAAUUUUCAAGAAAUACCAAUCAGAUCAACAAUUUAAGCGAUAAUGA